AUGGGUAGCGUAAGAUGCUUCGCAAUCGUGUUCAUACCGUUGUGCCUUUUGCUGAUGGUGGCUUCAAGUUUGGCACAAAACUGUGGUGAACGAAAGGUUGUACAGUUCCUUAUUGUUAAUGGUACUGAAGCAAAGGACGGCCAUUGGCCAUGGCAUGUGGCAAUAUUUCACAACAAUGCUCGUACAUUCGUUUAUGCGUGUGGAGGAACAAUUGUUGACCAGAAUACAGUUCUAACGGCGGCUCACUGUUUGAUGACGUCGAAUGGGAUCAUUGCAAGAGAGCGCCUCGUAGUGCAAGUUGGCCGAAAUCGACUACGCGUUGCUAGCAACCGUGCACAAGAACACGAAGCUUUCGAGUUGAUCGUACAUCCGGAAUACAACGUCAACCGUAUUCAACACGAUAUCGCUCUGAUAAAGCUCGCUACCGACAUCACCUACACCGACUACAUCCAACCUAUUUGCUUGUGGAAUCGAGGUGAUAAUCAGAAUGCAAUCGUUGACACCUGGGGUACGGUGGUCGGAUUUGGUAUCGAUGAGACCGAUGAAGUUUCUGACACACUACGUGAAGCUACAAUUCCCGUCGUUAGUCAUAUCACUUGUAUCGAAAGCAAUCGGAAAGCGUUUGGUUCACUGCUAACCUCGAACAUGUUCUGCGCUGGCAAUCGUGAUGGGGUCAGUGCCUGUAACGGCGACAGCGGAGGAGGUUUAUUCUUCAACUACAACGAUGUUUGGUUCGUUCGUGGAGUGGUGUCUUUUACGAAACCUCGUCAAAAUACGCUUUUUUGUGACACGAAGGAAUACACCGUGUUUACGGAUGUGGCAAAGUAUUUGAGUUGGAUCAAGCAACAUAUGCGAGGAACGGCUGGCCAAUCGGUUGUGAUAGAGACUGAUAACAAUCGUAAAAUUGGGUUGCUACCGAUGUCCACCUGUGGUGCCAAUCCGUAUGCCAGCAGGGAAGAAUCAUCUAAGCCGGUUUUGCUCGGAUAUCCUUGGGUGGGUCUGCUGGAGUAUACUGAGACUGGAUCAAGCGAAAAGAGAACGAGCUGUCAAGCGACAUUGAUUAGCGAUCUCUACCUAAUCACUGGCGCGCACUGCGUUAGUGGCAUACCUACGCGAUAUGGCGUAUCGUCAGUACGGCUGGGAGAGUACAACAGAAACACGUUGACGGAUUGUGCAUCGGUUGAUGGACAAAUGGUAUGUGCACCUCCGGUGCAAACAUUACGCAUUGAGUCGGUGAUUACGCAUCCGGACUACAACAAACCACGUUACGCGAACGAUAUUGCGCUUAUUCGACUGCGCGACCGAGCGGACACUAGUCGGAACAAUGUGAAACCAAUCUGUCUUCCCGUGACGAAUGAACUGCGUAGCCAAAAAUCAACCCAUUACACGCUGACUACCUGGGGUUUUGGAUCUAGUGGUACUGUGCUGGAAAGGUCACUCCGCGAGACUGUUGAUUCCGUCGAUUGCCAGAAGCUGUAUACCGAUCAGUCGAUCUCGCUGGAGAAAACGUCACGUCAGAUAUGUAUCAAACAGCAACAUGGCACGGAGUGCAAGUUACCAUUGUCAGCAGCUCCUCUACAGCUGGUGCAACAAGUACGAGGGAAAAAUAGCUAUGUGUUGUAUGGAGUGUUAUCGUUCGGACCAGUGAGGUGCGGCGAACCUUACCCGGACGUUUACACCAACGUGGCCAGCUACGUGGAUUGGAUUCUGGAAAGCAUAAAAUAA